CUGGGCAGUAAGACAGCUAUUUAUUUGCUAUAUAAUCCCCAGAUCGCCGACAUGGGAACCUCAAGCAGUAUACCCGGUAUACCCAUCUGCGCUCAGAAACACUCGUCGUGUAGUAACUUCGUCUAUUAAGAGAAUAUUCCCACACGAUGGACAGAUUUGGGCAUACUGAGGCGGUCUAUCAUCGCGAUGAGACUCAACACGUCAUGGAAACGACCGUCUUAGCCAGUAUCCCAUAUGCUGACUGGGAUAAUUCUAUCAACAAGGUGUUCAAAGAUGCUUCGGAUGGCCUAUUUCUCGUCAUCACAAAUUCUACUAUUUUCUAUGCCAAAGGCGGUGGUCAACCGAGCGAUACUGGGACCAUGACCUCCCGCGACCAGUCGUCAAUCUUCACUGUCACGUCUGUGCAGAAGCUCCCGUCUGGAACGAUCAUGCAUCUUGGCACAUACUCUGGGGCCCCUUUCGAAGAACAGACGCUUGUAACUCAGGAGAUCAACAAGGACGCGCGAAAACUCCAUUCACAGAUUCAUGACGCUGGUCACGUCCUCGCUUCAGCCGUUCGAAGACUAGGAAUACCAGAUCUGCGAGAGGUCAAAGCACAGCACUACCCCGGCACUGCAUUUGUUGACUUCCAAGGGAUCAUCCCGGGAGAUAGGAAGGAAGAGAUUGAGCAACUUGCGAAUCAAAUAGUCAAUGACGACCGUUCAAUAAACGUCCACUGGUGGUCAAGAGAGGAGCUCGAAGCCAAAUCUUGGACAAUGCCGGAGGAUUCUGACGGUCAAGGUGGACUAGUGAGAGCUGUAGAGAUUGAUGGUGAGGGUGCUUAUAUGUGCGGUGGAACCCAUGUGAGGAGCACAGCUUUGGUAGGAAAGAUUAGAGUAAGGAAGGUGAAGAGGCAGCAAGGCAUAUCGAGAGUCUCUUAUGAGCUGGUGUGAUCAGAUUUAGCCGUGUAUUCAGAGACCGAUAGAAUAUUGCUUUGUUAUAAUUUUCAAGGCGUGAGAAUUCAUGAGGAG